AUGUCUUUGGAUUUCAUCCGCCCACCUCCCGCACCUGUUUUUAGCCCAACACCUGAAGAAUUUACUGAUCCCAUUAGUUAUGUUCACCGAAUUUCCCCGAUAGCAUUUAAUUACGGAAUUUGUAAAAUACGUCCUCCAAAUGGUUGGAAGCCACCAUUCUCCAUCGACCAACAAAACUUUACAUUUAUUCCCAGAGUCCAAGAGUUGUCUGAUGUCUGUGCGUACAAUCGUGUAAGAUAUCAUUUCAUUACUUCGCUAAUAAAUUUUUGGGAGGCUCAGGAUGUUACGCUGUUUGUUCCACAAAUAAAAGGGAAAAGCAUUGAUAUAUAUCGAUUAUGGAAACAGGUAAAGAAUGCUGGUGGCUACCAGACUGUAUGCGAGAAAAAGCUUUGGUGUAAAAUUUGUGAAGAACUUAGUUUGCCGGCAAUGCCAUCGUUUGCAUCUGCUCUAUGUUCGCACUAUAAAAGGUAUUUACUGCCAUAUGCUAUUUUUAUGGCCGAUGAAUCGGUGAAUAAUGAUAAGUAUACAGAGCUUUCACGUUCAAGUCAGUUGCCAAAAAAGAAACCACCGGUUAACAAGAUGGUGUGUUCUGUGUGCAAUCUUGGUAACGAUGACAAAUAUCUACUCUUAUGCGAUGGUUGUGAAACAUUCGGAGCGUGUCACACAUACUGCCUCGAUCCACCGUUGUCUGAUGUUCCCAAGGGAAACUGGUACUGUCGUUCUUGCAUAAUUAAAAGAUAUCAACGGUUAAAUCGACUUGAGGUGUUUGGAUUUAAAAGUUCAAGUGUAAAAUAUACUCUUCAUACAUUUGGUAUUCGAGCUGAUGAUUUCAAGGCAAAACACUUUGGAAAACCAACACAUAUGGUUUCACUCGAAGAGGCUGAAGCAGAAUUUUGGCGACUUGUUGGCUCCGAAGAUACUGCAGUAAGUGUGGAGUAUGGGGCUGACCUAAACGCUCGUGAACAUGGGUCAGGCUUUCCAACUUCCCGACCAGGGAGAAUCAGCCAAAAGUUGAAACAUUAUGUUACUUCGCCUUGGAACUUGAAUAACACUCCUCUGUUAGAUAGUUCUGCUCUUAGAUUUUUACCUCGGAAUAUUUCGGGAAUGAUUAUUCCUUGGUGCUAUGUUGGUAUGGCGUUUUCCUGUUUUUGUUGGCACACAGAAGAUCAUUGGAGUUACUCCAUCAACUACCUACAUAUGGGUGAACCGAAAACGUGGUAUGGAGUUCCAACAAAUUACGCUGAUGCUUUCGAAUUGGCUAUGCGUUCUGAGGUCCCUGAAUUAUUUGUCAACUCCCCAGAUUUACUUCAUCAUAUGACUACAAUGGUCUCACCGUCUAGACUCCAAGCACAUGGUGUCCCUGUUUAUCGUACUGAUCAAAUGGUUGGUGAAUUUGUAGUGACGUUUCCUCGCGCUUUUCAUGCUGGUUUCAACCAAGGAUUUAACUUUGCAGAAGCAGUUAACUUUUGCCCUGCAGAUUGGCUUGAAUAUGGACUAAAUUGUAUUGAGCACUAUGCACUUCUACAUAGAACCCCAGUUUUUUCACAUGCAGAAUUACUGUGUCGUAUGGCUAAGUCUGUUGAACCUCUCAGUGUGGAAUUCCUAAAGGUUAUCACAAAACAGUUAAGUGAUUUACUUACUACUGAACGUAGUUUGAGACGUCAUUUGGCAAAGAUUGGUGUUAGACUUACAGAGCGAAUGGUUUUUGAAAAUUCCGAGGAUGAGAAAAGAGAAUGUGAUUUGUGUCGGACAACACUUUAUCUGUCAUCAUUGGGGUGCAAAUGUUCAGAAAGUAUGGUUUGUUUAGCUCAUUAUCAAAUACGUACAUGUUGUUCUCGUGAUAAUCAAGUUAUGCGCUAUCGUUAUGAUUUAGAUGAAUUAACUGAAUUCAAAGAAAAAAUCCAUGCAAAAUUAAUUGAGUUUGAACAAUGGAAAAGUCAACUUGAAAAUGAUGUAUUUGGUGCAAUACAAAAUUCUGUUGAUACAAUAAAAUUAUCAUCUACGCUUACAACAACAAUAGCAACAGAAACUACUACUACUACUACCAAUACUACUGAUAAUAAUAAUACUACUACUACUAAUAAUAAAACGAAUCACAUUGAAUUUUGCCAUGAUUCAACACACAAAGAAGAUUUAUUGAAAUUCAAUAAUCAUUUAAAAGUAUCCAUAUGUGAUAAUAAUAAUAAUAAUAAUAAUAAUAAUAAUAAUAAUAAUAAUGAUCAUGAUCAUGUUAUUACAAGUGUUAAUAAUACUAAAGAAAAUGAUCAUAAGGAUAUUAUUGUUGAGAGUAAAAUUGAAAAUGUUGACAAUAAAGAUGAACAUUUUACCGUGGAUACAAAGCCUUCAUCGUCAGUAUCUUUGAAAAUUGAACAAGAACAGUAUCAAAAAUUAACCUUGUCCGAUUUAAAUAGACUUUUAAAACUUGGUCGAACACGACAAUAUCCCAGUGUAUUAGUAGAACGUUUAAAUCAUGUGGUGCAUACAAUUAGUGAAUGUUCAUCGGUUGUUCGCAAAUUAAUUACCAGUUAUAAAAAUGCCAGUGAUGAAUUAAUGAAAACCACUCAAGAGAUUGAAAUGAAAACGUUGAAAUGUGAAUUGACCGAUUCAGGACAUGAAGAAGAAGAAGAAGAAGAAGACGAUGAUGAUGACAAUGAUAAUCAUGAUAUGGAAGAUGUCGAUGAUGAUGAUGAUGAGGCUUCUGAAUUCAAAGAAGAAAUAAAACAAAGCACUGAUCAAACUGUCCAUGAUGUAUUAUUGCAUCACACUUCAACAUCUAGUAGAUCGAAUUCCGAAACAACUGAUGAUGAAAGUAGUAAUGAAGAUUCACGACAUUCUACUGAUACUUCAUUUAGUAGAAGUAGUCGAAGAAUAAGUAAAAGUAGUGUUCACGAUGAUGAUAACGAUGAUGAUGAUGAUGAUGACAAUUAUGCAGAUAGGUUCGAACAAAAAGAAGAGGCUGAUCAAUAUGAACAAACAAAGGUGUCAUUAGGCGCCAACUGCCAUAAGACUAACAAUAAUCGUAGACUUCGAUCAAGAAGUACCACUUCUCAUGGCACAAGUUCCAAUGGAACUCGAAUAAAAUCGUCUGUAUCAAAAGGUCCUUUUAUUUCGAAACUAACAUUAAAUGAAUUCGCUAGUUUAGUGAAAUUGGCUUCAAAUUUACCAAUUGUCUUACCGGAAUACAAAGAACUACAAGAAUUUGCUGAUCAUAUUACUAGAUGGAGAAAGGAAGUGCGUGAUUUGUUAACAAAUUUAAACAAGAAAUCUGUUUUUAAUUACAAUGGUGAUAAUUGUCUUAUUUCUUCAUCUAAUAUCGACAUUACUACUACUAAUGAUAAAAGUAGUUUAAAUGAUCCACUUAAAAUAGAAUCAUAUCUUCGAUCAGUAUUACCGUCUGUCAUAAAAGUUGAAGAAUAUAUCAACGUUGGCAAUGCAAUCGAUAUUGAACUACCGGAAUUAAGUCAGUUGAAAAGAGUUCACGAAUGUCUACAAUGGUUAGAGAGAGUUGACAAAGCAUUGAACUAUAAAUCGAAUUCUAUUCACGACAAAAUUGAAAACAAUUCUACUGUUAACGAAUUAAUUCCUAUAACAACCACUACUAACAAGCCAACAUUAAGUCAUCUAUGCGAUUUACAACUUCAAGGUAGUCAAGUAGCUUCAGCUAUUGCUUAUGUAAUGAAUAUUCCAGAAAAUGCCUAUUCAUCAUAUAACUUUUCAUCGCAUAGUUUAUUAGAUACAGCAUUAACUAUUCAAAGUCGACAUUUGUUAGAAACUAUAUCCACAGUAAAGUUAAUGGAAGAAAGUUUAAAUGAAAUUAUUCAAGCUAAACCUGGUAGUUUAUCUUUGAGUAUAGUUAAACAACAAUUACUCAUAGCUAAACAAUUACCAAUUGAAUUAACUAAUAUAUCUGAUGUUCAAGUAAUCUGUGACAAAGCAGAGAAAUGUGAGAAACAAUUUCAAUUGCUUGCAGAAUUACUCUUGCAGAAUAUUUCAUUAUCAUCAUCAUCUUCAUCAUUGAUUGAAUUUAAAGAGAAUGUUUUUCAACAAAUGAAAACCAAUAAAAAAGUAGAAGACGAAGAAGAAGACAAGGAAGAGGCAAAUCCUGUCGACAGCGAUAACCAUGCUACAGUGUAUCAAGAACUAUUAGAUGAAAUUGGUUUAGGCUCAGUGAAUUCCACACCAGUCAAUUGGCAAUCUUAUUUUAAUACAUUAGAAGAUAGUAUAGAAGAUUGUGUUAUACAAUUUCCACAAAAUGAUUCUAUCAGGACAUUGCUAUCAGAAUUGAAUAAAUUUCAUGAGAAAUUAUCAAAAUUAUUUAUACGACCACAAUCAACACGAAGUUUACUAGAAGUUCUAUUGCCUAGAUCAGCAUCUGCAUUAGAAUGGCUUAUUCGUUUAGAUGGUGGUCCUGAUGUUAUACCAGAUUCAUAUAGAAAUAAUUUAAAUUUAGAUGUUAAUAAUUGUCCACCUGUUACAUAUAAACGGCAUACACGUAGUCCACAUUUUCAAUCAUUAACAUAUAAAUCAUUAUGUAAAGAUAAUGUACAAGAAUUUGCUAAAAUUUCAAAUCUAACUAAUUGGGAACAAAUGUAUCAUUUAGUGUAUAAUCGUUUUGUUGAAGCUGAAGUUUCAUUGAUGCAAUUUUUACGCAAUACAAAUAUGCGAAAAUCACGAGCAAAAAAUCAAGAGAAAAUUGUUUAUUGUAUAUGUAGACAACCGGGACUUACUAGUUUUAUGCUACAAUGUGAAUUAUGCCGUGAUUGGGUACAUGGUCGAUGUGUGACGUUGCCAGCUUUAAAAGAUUCAGAAACAGAGCGUAUGCGAUAUAUCUGCCCACGAUGUGAAUGUAGUAUGAGGCCAGAUUUAAAACAAGUUCUUAAUUUUGUCACAGAACUUAAAAAUCUUUCACUACGUAUUAGUAAUAAUCAUAAUAACAAUUCAAAUCAUAACGAAACAAGAAACCAAAAUAACACCAACAACCAUGAAUGGAAUGUAUGUUUUCCUCAAUUUCCAGAAUUUGUUGCAGUUCAACUACUUUGUAAUCGAGCUAUUUCUUUUAUCAAACAUAUUCACAAGUCGAUUGCAUCUAAUUCAGAACUAAAACAAGCUCUGUCUGAUUAUGAACAUUUCUCCAAUAUGACUAUGCCUUCAAUUAAUUUAAUCGAAGAGAAUAUUGUUUCUGAAGAAUUCAUCCCAAAUUCAAAUUAUAAUGAUACUACUGAAUUAUCAGUAAAUUCAAAAAAACUUUAUCAUACAGUGAAGAGUACACCAUCACUUCUUGACUUUGUCUCUUCGUCAACAAGUUCUUUAGGUUCGGAUCGUCGUUCUUCAUCUACUGCUACUCCUACUACUGUUCGAUCGAUGAUGUCCCAUGCACAAGAUAUGGCUAAACCGCAAACAAUCGGUUCAUAUUUGCCUACAACUAGACCUCGAGAUGGUAGAAUUUCUACAUCUGCCGCUAAAUCAUCUUGGAAAAUGAUGAAUCCUACAAUGUCCAAAAUGGAAAUGUCAAGUGGUGGUUGUAAACCACGUGAAUUAAUUGUUGCUGAUGAAAUGCGUUCUUGUUCUUCCGCUUUAACAUCAUCAUCAUUGUCAUCACCAGCAACAACAACAACAAGGCUAGCUAAUUUCGAAUUACAAUUUCCUAAUUACAAUCAAGUGCGUAAAUCUCACUUAUUGACAACAGGCAGUAGUAGUCAUUCAGGUGAACAAAAAGAAGCAGAAGCAGCGGAAGCUUUAGCUGGUCUUUCAGCCUCUUUAAAUAAUCCAUCAUCCUCCGGUGUUGGUCUAAAACACGAUUUAAAUUUAUCAUCAAUGUAUAAUGGACAAGCGUAUAGUAAUUUUAAAACAGACAUUACAUUUGGACAAUUAGGUAGUCGUAGUAACAAUUCAUCUAGUAAAAUUAUGAAUCAACGUAAUAUUGGUUUUACUGAUCGACCAGAUUCAAUGCAUUUGAAUAAACUUCAUCAUGGUCAACUUUUAUCAUCACCAAAUCACAAUCGUCUUAGUCAUUCCAAACUUUUAACAACAAACACUGAAAUUAAAAAAACACCAUCUUGUCUACUACAAUCAACACGAAGAUUUCACUUCCCAUUGUCUACAGAACCACGUAAAAUAUUAGAAAAUUUAAUUAUGGAAGCUUGUUUAUUAGAAGUACAUUUACCACAAACACGUUGGUUAUGGCAAUUGCAUUUAGCUUCAGAUCAAGAAAUAGAAUCAUCUGGUGCUUAUCAUCCAUUUGUUGCAAAAAUUGAAGAAGAACGUCUUAGGCGACGAAUUCUACGUCAUAUUCAACAAUCAACUCAAUCAAAAUUUUCGGAACAGUUGAAAGCUGGUCGACGUAAACGAAGAGGUUCUAGUCCAAUUGGUGGUAAUUUUGUCAAUGUAUUAGAUAAAAAUAUGGAACAAUCGGAUGAUAGUAAUAUAUCUGUAAAUGAAAAUAGUGAGCUACAAAAACGUCAACGUCAUAGUCCAAUAUAUUCAGAAACAGAAGAAAAACAGAGCAGUUCAUCAUCAGCUUCUGAUCCUAUCUCUCGUAAUACACUUACCACCUCUCAAAGAAAGCCUUAUCGUUUAAGAGGUCGUGCAUCAGAUUUAACUGCUACAAGACGAUAUAAGCUGGGCAGACCUAGACGUUUAUUGCCUGUACGAAGUCGACGAUCAGUUCAACGACCAUCUCAUGCUAUUGGUUAUCGAUCUAUACGUUCCAUGGAACAGAAACAUUUUUAUAAUUCCACUAUGUUAAAUGUACUACAACAAAAAGGUCAUACAACGACGUUAUCAAGUGGUAAAAUUGCAACCAAUAGACGUGCUAGAAAUCCAAGUGGUCAACUAUGUAUGACAUCACGGCGAACUGGACGAGUUUAUCGUGGACAACUUAUUGUACGACGUCCACAUGCUUGUUCAAAUCGUGAAUACAGUGAUUCAUCAACAAGUGAAGAACGCUUAGAAUCGCCAUCAACCAACGAGCCAUAUCAUCCAAGACAUGAAUCAAUACGAUAUCGUAAAACAACAUCCAAUUAUUUAGGCUACAAAAAUGUUGGCAGAAAACGGUCAGCUUUUAGACGGAAUAGAUUAAGUGGAAUUCAAUCCACGAUGAUGACGAAAAAACCAAAAAUGCCGACAACUGAAGAGGAAGAGGAAAAAGAUUGUGCUACAGAUGAUCAAACAUCUAAUUAUGAAGAUGAUGAAUGCCCAGCAGGACCAUGCUUACAUCCACAAACUGGGACUGUGAAAUGGGUCCAGUGUGAAGCAUGUUGUCAAUGGUAUCAUCAGAUAUGCGUUGGAAUUCGUCAUCAUUUCCAGCUUCCAAAAGUAUAUUAUUGUCCUGCAUGUCAUGGACGAAUUCCUGGCAAUUUCACUGGACAUCGAAAACAACUUUCAACUGGUAGAAAUUUAACUCGACUUCCUAGUGGACGUUUUCUCAGUAAGAAUCCAUCAAAACUUCGUUUACAUACAAAACUGACCGCUGGCAAUCCUCUUAAAUUAGCAUCACAUCUAUCACAACGUUCAGUUGGUUGGAAUAAAAGAUUGUCAACUUCAUCAUUUCGUCUGCCUAAAUUACGUCCUUAUAAUGAUCCAGAUGUUUCAAGUGUACUCGAUGGUGAUGAAGAGAAUAAUAAUACCAAUGAAGAAAAAAGUAGGAAUUCCAUAAUGAAUCAAGAGAUUCCAGUUUUAACUAAUCAAUUAAUAGAUGAUCAUUGGUGUGAUAUUUCUCAAAGUUCUGAAGAACCUUCAAUAAAGAUACCAAUUAGUUCACCGCAUGAAUCAGUACACAUGGAUGAACCGCCUGUUAUUGAUGCUUAUGAACAUGUUCCGAAUCAUUAUACCAAUAAUGAAGGUGGUGUUGUCGAAGUAUCGAAAGGACCGACAGAAGUACUACUGGAAGCAUUAGAUGUAAUGAGCAGCAGUGAAAUCAAUUCGAAUAAUAAUAAUAAUUCUAUUUGA